AGCGGAGUGCGCUGAGCUCAUCUCCGAACCAAACUACGAAUUCCAAUUCAAAACUCUUCCCGAGUCGCCUCGCCGUCGCCGUCGCCGGAGAUGGAGGCGGCGCGGGAGUCAAUGGCGGCGCUCGUCGACGCCGGCCUCUACGACUGCGCCCAGACUCUCGGAUGCUUUCUCGUGUCUUCGGCGCCUGUGAGUAAUGAGGCCGGCAUGUCCAUGAAGGUGGAGAGCUUGGUUCUGCAUGGCGAUGCUUUGCAUGGAGAGAGAGAAUUUCGCAGGGCACUGAGUGCCUACAAGCAAGCUAUGCAAUACAGCAAAAGCAUCCCUAGACAAGCAACAAGUAGCACCAGAAGCUCAGCAACCCCCACCGGCCGGUCUCCUUCUCCAAAUUCUUCAAGUCUUGCAGCACUUAAUGAAAAUGAGGUGAAAUUUAAAAUUGCACUCUGCCAUUCUGCUCUACGUGAGCACCGUGAAGGACUUCAAGAGAUGGAAGGGAUUCCUUCUAAAGUGAGGACUCUAAAAAUGAAUCUGAUGUUAGGGAAACUAUAUCGGAUAUCCAGAAAUAACCGUGCAGCUGCUGUAUGUUAUAAAGAAUGUCUGAGGCAAUGCCCUUAUGUUUUUGAGGCUAUUACAGCUUUGGCUGAAAUGGGGCUUUCUUCAAAGGAGUUCUCUUUGAUAUUCUCACAAGCACCAAAUCGAGGAGGCAAGGCACCAGGUGACUCUUUAGAUGCACAACGUUGGUGGAACCGCUAUGUUGAGGCCCAAUGUUGCAUUGCUUCACAUGAUUAUAAAGGUGGCCUUGACAUAUAUGUAGACUUAAUGCAGCGAUUCCCAAACAAUGUGCACAUCUUGUUGGAAAUUGCUAAGGUUGAAGCCAUCAUAGGUAGAAAUGAUGAAGCUACCAUGAACUUUGAGAAGGCUCGGUUAAUUGAUCCAAACAUCAUGACAUAUAUGGACGAGUAUGCAAUUCUCCUAAAGUCAAAAUCUGACUACACAAAACUUAACAAAUUGGUUCAUGAUAUGCUGCAUAUUGACCCUGCGAGACCAGAAACAUGUCUUGCUCUUGCAGCAUUGUGGGAAAGAAAAGAUGAAAGAAAAGCUUUGACAUAUGCUGAAAAGAGCCUUCGAGUUGAUGAUAGACAUAUAACUGGGUAUAUCAUGAAGGGGAAUCUUCAUCUUCUGUUGAACCGACCUGAUUUGGCAGUCACAGACUUCAGGGGAGCUCAAGAACUAAGGGCUGAUCUUCGCUCUUAUCAGGGUUUGGUGCGUGCUUAUCUAGCACUCUCUAAAUGCAAAGAUGCAUUAUUCACUGCACGCGAAGCAAUGAAAGUUAUGCAUCAGUCUGCAAAAGCUCUCAAGUUAGUUGGUGAUGUGCAUGCUAUCAGUUCCAGUGGGAGAGAGAAGGCUAGGAAGUUCUACGAAUCUGCUAUUCGUCUUGAACCUGGAUUUCUUGGAGCUGCAUUGGCUUUGGCUGAUUUACAUGUUGCUGAAGGACGAAAUAAGGAUGCAGUAUUGCUGCUUGAAAGAUAUCUAAGACAGUGGGCAGAUGAUUCCCUACACAUCAAGUUGGCUCAAGUAUUUGCUGCAACUAAUAUGCUUUCUGAUGCACUUUCCCACUAUCAAUCUGCUCUAAGGAUAAACCCACAUAAUGAAGCCGCAAAGAAAGGAUUGGAGCGCCUAGAGAAGCAAAUGAAGGGAGUAGACCCAGACGCUCCUGAAGAGGAUGAAGAGAACGAAGCCGACGACGUUGAUGGCGACCAAGACGACCCUGAACUGUUGUAGAAAAACAUGGCCGGCUCACGUGAACCUAAGGCACCACCUCUUACAAGCUUUUUCAACUUCGAAGGCUCAUCCAUAUCUAAAGCUGCUGCCGCAGCAUGAGAGCCUCCUUCCAUUGCCAUAUGAACAAGCAAGUCAGUAACCGGGAAGGCACGGCAACUGGAAGACGACGACGGCUUGCUCUCUUACUGCGUGAGUUCUCUUGCUUACGCGAAUCCUUGUUGUAGUGUAGCAAUGCUCACUGUACUUUACUGCUCUAGUGCUUGGGAUAUCAAGAGUAGCAAUGUUUGUGAACUGAAUUUGCUGGCUUCAAUUCAAACUCAAAGUAUUCUCUUCAAAUCUGUCCCAUGAUGGUAUACUCUAUAGCAAUGAGAUUUUUUACUAUUUUUAAAAUGGCACAUGGAGAUAUCACAUUUUCUAGUGUAAAAACUCGAUUCUUCAAACCGUUAGACAAUUUGAUAUCUGAAGGUAUUUUUCCAGUAAAAUUUCCGGUCAUAUUAUUGUACAUGUAUAUGCAUGUCAUGGUGCAAAAAAAAAAGGUUGCAUAUACGUACGUACUUACAUCUGCGCAGUG